ACACACAUGCCCUUGGCUUUGGAGCGGAUAACCACCCAACCAAACCAGCGCUCGGUGCUCCCAACUGAGUAGAGAACAAGACAAACACCGAGAGAGAGUGUGUGCUGCUUCUUCCUUUGGCAGAUGGCCGCCCUGGGCGCUGCAUCCGCGAACCUGAUCGCCCGCAUAAGCUCGAAAACACCAUCGUCGAGACGCCCAAGCCAAAGAAUCUCAUGCGUCGGAUGGGAUCCUGAGGGAAUUCUGGGCCCGCCGCAGGGGGGCCAUAUAGCCCGGCUGGAGUUUAAACGGCGCCUCGAGAAGGACGCGGACGCCAGGGAGGACUUCAACCGCCAGGUCCGGGAGGAGAAGGAGCGCCGCCGGGCUCGCCGCGAGGCGCGUAUGGUGCCGGAGACAAACGAGGGACUGGUGGAGUAUUUUCUGGACACGGAAGCUAGGGAGCUCGAGUUCGAGAUCGCGAGGUUGAGGUCUCGAUUGAACAAAGAGUUCUUUGAUCACUUACAACUCGAGCUUGGAAAACUACGAUUUGCAGUGACCAGAACUAAGGAGAUGGAGGACAGCAUAAUUGAGUUGGAAGCAAUGCAGAAAGUUUUGCUGGAGGGAACAGAAGCAUAUGAUAAGAUGGAAACUGACCUCGUACUAGCAAAAGAAAGGCUCAUGAAAAUAUUGCAGUCAAAGGAUAGGAAGGCAACUUUAUUAGAGAUGGUUGAGCAGAAUGAGCUGAACAGAUCUGUAUUGGCUCUUCUUGAUGAAAAUAUAGCAAGUGCACUAAAAAAUGAGCAGAAAGAAGCUGCAGCUUUUAUGGAGAAUGUCCGUUCAUCUAUUCUGAAGUAUAUCACGAUAUGAUACAUAAACAGACAUUUUGUAAGCUACCCUGUACUUUUGCUUACCUUCCAAGUUCAGCUUGAAAAUUGCCUGUACUGCCUUAUGCUUUCUUUUGUGUUUAUCGUGUAUACUGAUGUUGCUUUCGGAAAAGUUGCUUCGAUCUUUUCUAGAUUAUUGAUUUAUCUUAUGUAAAUUUGAAAUUAACUGACC